UCUCUCUCUCUCUCUCUCUCUCUCUCUCUCUCUCUCUCUGUGAAAUUGCAUGAAAUGAAAUCUCUGGCCAUGGCAUCCUGCUAACCCACCACCAAGCUCAAAUUCCGGAGAGCAAAAAUGGGGCAGCAGCCGAAGAGAGGCGCCACCAGCUCACCUCCUCCCUCCCCUCCUCCCCUCCCUCCUCCCCCCGGCCGCCCCCCAAUCUCCCUCCUCCAACCCUCCCAACGCAAGCGGUCCUCCAAAUCGACGAAAGUCUACCGCCUCUUCCGCUCCGUCUUCCGCUCCUUCCCCAUACUCACCCCUUCCAACCCUUGCCGCCUCUCGCCCCUCCCCCCUAGCUCCUCCCCCCACCUCUCGCUUGGUUCUCGAAUAACUGGCACCCUCUUCGGCCACCGCAAAGGCAGAGUCUCCCUCUCUAUCCAGGAAAACCCCCGCUGCUUGCCCACUGCUAUAAUCGAGCUUGCGAUGCAGACCAAUUCAUUGCUCAAAGAAAUGGCCUCUGGACUCGUGAGAAUCGCUCUUGAGACCGAGAAGAAAGCAGCCGACAAGACAAAAUUGCUGGAUGAGCCUCUUUGGAGCAUGUACUGCAACGGGAGGAAGGCGGGGUAUGGCGUGCGGAGGGAGGCAGCUGAGGAGGACUUGGGUGUGAUGCAGAUGCUGCAGGCAGUGUCGAUGGGGGCUGGGGUGCUGCCGACAGCAAGCGGUGAGGGGGAAGAUGGGGAGAUGACAUAUAUGAGAGCACAUUUUGAGCGGGUCGUGGGCUCCAGGGAUUCCGAGGCAUUUUACAUGUUGAAUCCUGAUGGCAACGGUGGGCCUGAGUUGAGCAUCUUCUUUGUGAGGAUUUGAGGGACAUGGGCUUCUCUUUCUUCCUUCUGAGGAUGAUGUUAUGAUCCAACUGGCCAUUGGUUUUUCAGAGAAAGAAGUGAAAUUUAACCAAAACAGAGAGAGAGAGAGUUGAGGAUUCUUCCUCCUUGGAUGCUUCGUUCAUUUGUCCAUUGAUCAGAUAGACACUUCUUCAUUCAUUUGUUCAUUGAUCGGAUACUUUCAUGAGGAUAUUGAUGAUAUACAAUAUUUCAUUUCUUGCGAGCUUCUCCUCCCUGGUGAUGUUUUGUAAAAUGAGAACAUGUAGUCUAUAGAGAUUUCCAUCUUUCUAUUGAAAAUUUGUGAAA